AUGGCGGACAAUCCACAUCCCUCCCUGGUCCCCGAAACAUCCCAUUCUUCAGCCACGACACCGGGUCCCCAAAGCCACGACUACUCGCCACAAUGCCCCUUUUGCAUGAUAUCCAGGACAUACCAUCCCAUCUCGCCGCUCGUGGCCUCUCCGCGUACAGCCGUGGCAACGGACAACGGGCUCGAGCAAGAUCCUCCCAUGGCACUGGCCCCCGACAAACUCGAUCCGCCAUCGUUCGUGCUCUUCUCGUCCGAGCAUGUCAUUGCAUUUCUCGACAUCAUGCCCCUGACCCGGGGCCACGUGCUCGUGGCCCCACGAAAGCACCGUGUCAAAGUGGGCGACCUGACUCCCGACGAGUCUGGCGAGAUUGGCCGCGUGCUACCGCUGCUUGCUCGCGCCGUGGUCAGGGCCGUCAUGCCUGACAUUCCGCACCACCAGGCCGACUAUAAUAUCGUCCAGAACAACGGGCCCGGCGCAGCCCAGGUCGUCCCGCACGUGCAUUUCCACAUCGUCCCACGCCCGCCGUUGAAUUAUGUUCCUCCUCUCCCUCAACAAUCGUCGUCGAGCCAGACCCAGACCCCGCGGAAUAGGAAGUAUCCUCCAAAUCCGCCGCCUGAGGGGUGGCAACGGACUGCCAUCCUUUUCGGCCGUGGCAGGCGUGAUGACUUGGAUUACCAUGACUCUGCUUUUCUGGUGGAAGAUAUGCGACAAUGUGUGAGGGAGGAGUGGGAGGCGACGUUUGGUGAGACGCCCGAUGUGCUGGGGAAUGGCCACCGGGGUGACAGGAAGGGGGCAUGGAAGGUCUGA